GCGUUUUACGGUUCUGCCGUAAAGCAGCUCUGCCGGGGGGAGCGUCGCUGCCCGCCCUUGGGAGGUGAGCGGGCAUGAGCGGGAACGGUGGGGCCAAGGCACUGGAGCUGCUGCGGGCGCUGCCCCGAGUCAGUCUGGCCAACCUGAGGCCCAGCCCAGGCUCCAAAAAGCGGGAAAGAAGACGUGGCCGUGGAAGAUAUGGAGGUAGGAAGUGUGGUCGAGGUCACAAAGGAGAAAGACAAAGAGGAAAUCGCCCCCGAUUAGGCUUUGAGGGUGGUCAAACUCCAUUUUACUUGGCCAUACCAAAAUAUGGGUUUAAUGACGGACAUAGCCUCAGACGUCAGUAUCAACCCCUCAGUCUUCAGAGGCUGCAGUACCUGAUUGAUUUGGGUAGAGUUGACCCCACGCAGCCAAUUGACUUAACACAGCUUAUUAAUGCCAGAGGUGUAACAGUGCAACCUCUCAAACGGGAUUAUGGUGUGCAGCUGGUGGAAGAGGGUGCUGAUAUUUUUUCAGCAAAAGUAAAUAUUGAAGUGCAGAGGGCAUCUGAAUUAGCAAUUGCAACCAUAGAAAAAAAUGGAGGUGUUGUAACAACAUCAUUCUAUGAUCCAAGGAGUUUGGAAAUUUUAUGUAAGCCGGUAGUAUUUUUCCUGCGUGGCCAGCCUAUUCCAAAGCGAAUGCUUCCACCCGAAGAUCUUGUCCGUUACUAUACAGACGCCAGGAAUCGUGGGUACCUGGCAGAUCCAUCUAAAGUUGAGGAAGCCAGGCUUGAACUUGCCAAGAAGUACAGCUAUGUCUUACCAGACAUAACUAAGGAUGAGCUCUUCAAGAUGUUAAGCACACGCAAGGAUCCUAGACAAAUAUUUUUUGGUCUUGCUCCAGGAUGGAUUGUAAACAUGGCAGACAAGAAAGUUCUAAAACCAACUGAUGAGGGGCUGUUAAAAUACUACAGCUCGUGAAUUCAAGACUGGAGACAGCUGCAGGUGUACAGGAAACAUCUGGAGAAUAACAAGAAGCAGUUGAAUUUUUUUCUCGGUGUUUGUCAAGCAGCCCAGAUUUUUGCUUCGCCCAACAAACUACCUUGUCAAUUAAUACAAGCAUCUGUAAUCACAGAACAAAAUAAAGCAAGUCUUCUAUUCUCAUGCCAAUUAAAUAAUCUGAAAUGCAGAGAUUAACAAUGGAAAGUCACUAAUUUUUGACAAUUUACUCCUCAGUUUCUAUUGUUCAUUGUUAAUGUGUGUUAGAUGCUAUUGGUAAUGGUUGUUCUCCUAACUUGUGGUUUAAGUAUAGGUGAAACAUAGCAAAACAACACCAAUAUAAAAUUAGAUUGUGAAUAGCAGGAAUUUGGUCUUAAUGACAUUAACAUUCAUAUUUUAUAAGGUGCACAACACUUUUUUGGCACAUUAAGAAUAAUACUGUGUGCCAAAAAAGGUAUAGCUAGUGUUAACUCGAAUGUGAAGUAAAUAACUUUCUCACUUUACAUGUAUCCUGUUCUGUAUCCUGAUCAUUGUUGGUUUGGAACCUUAAAUGACAAGUAAUACUUUUUUUUUUUCUUACUUUUUUCUUUUUGUUAUUACAAUACUACUGCCUCCAUUUGGGAAGGCGUUGAAGGGGGGGGGGAAGAGUAUUUAUUGCCUUCCCUUAUUUGUGCCAUAAUGUUUCUGUUUUUAUGAAUCAAUUCACAAUUGUAUUUUGUGGAGGUGGUGGUACUCAACAGGAAAGCUACUUAACUGGAAGCGAAGAAGGAAGUUAGUCAUAUUAGUGAAGACCAGAAGACAAAAGUGUUUAUGUAUUAUUGUGUAUUUCUGGGAGGAGAAGGGGACGGGGGGGUACGGGGAGGGGGGGGGGAAGGCAACUUUGUUUCCACUCCUGCUCUUUGUAUUAAAAUGAACAAACUGCUCCCAGGAAUUUUUUUCUAAAUCAACUUCUUUGAUAUACACACGCGUGCACGCGCUGGUUUCUAUAUGAUUUUCAGGUGAAAGGGUAACUUGGAUAAAAUGAUAACAGUGAAAGAAAGAAUGAAAACAGGAAACAGAUGUCUGGUGACGUUGAGGGAUUGGAUAGCACUUAUUCAGUCAACGACAUCUUAGUCACAGUGCAGCUGUAUCCUGGCUCUGAUACUAUAACGCUACAAAUACCUUGGAGCCAAAACAGCCACGUUCCACAAAAUCCGGUCAUUCUACUUUAUAAAGGUGAACUUUUAUCAUCUUAGAAUUGGAGAGGGCAAAAAGGGCUGUAUGUUACUUUAUUUAAAAUAUGCAAUGCUUGCCUUUUUUUCUCUUCUGUUUACAGUAGCUGGUAUUUUAUAAUGGUGGUUCUGAUUUUUAUUUACUAGUGAAAAAAAGUGACAAGGCUAUAGAGGAUUUCCGGUUCAUUUUAUCUCAUCAGGAACACAAGUCUCCUGGCAACCGAAUACAGAAUUAUCAAAAGCACAAGUAAGUUAUUGACAAGGUUUCUAAUAAAUCCAUAAUAAACAGCCUCCCAAUGGACUGUUGUUUAUAUGAGGGGUCAGGCUCACUGAUGCAAGACUCUAAGCCAGCACUGGCAUCUAAGGCCAUUCUCUUUACUUAGGAAUAUGUGCCAUGUGUUCAUGUUCAUAAGAUGGAUGAUUGCCUUGGAUAUCCUGUUUUGAUAGGGGUUUUUCAUAUGCAACAAUGUAUUACACAGUGAGAAGCACCCAACCUGCUGUAACUGGAAAAGCAUUAUCAAGUAGCGAAGGAAAAGAAAUGUUAUUUGUGCCGUAAAAUACUGAAAGCCAUGUCAAUUUGUAUCAACAACGUCAUGCUUUUGAAUGGUUCCUUGAUAAAACUGAUUACAUAUAUGAGACUGAAAUCAAAAUAAAGGCUUUUGAACAAGUA